GAUGGGGGUUUUAAGUCUCUCCUCUCUUUGCUUUAGUAAUUACAUACAUUUCCUCUUCUGCAAAUUGGGAGAGAGAAAAUGCAUCAUCAACAUUCACAAGCUUCGCUCUGCAAAUUGCUUUUCAGACGCUCUUUCAAUGUUUCUCCAAACCUCUUUUCCCUCAACUCGCUCACAACGAGUCCGGCUCUGUGCGUUUCGGACUCAGCUCCAUUGCCGAAACCCAAGACUCCUGAGCUUCUUCUUCACAAACCCACCACAAAUUCCCCUCAUUUUCUUCACCCGACGUUCUCAAACUCACCGACCCAGUUCAUAAAUCGUCAUAAUCUGAGACAAUUCAGCGGUGGGGCGGAUGGGUUUGAUCAGAACAAAGAGGUGGACAUGAUCAACCUCAAGUUUGCAGAGGCAAGGGAGGAGAUAGAGAUGGCCAUGGAGUCCAAAGAGACUGUUUAUUUUGAUGAAGAGGCAGAGUGUGCUCGAACUGCUGUGAAGGAAGUGCUGGACCUGUUUGAUGGGCUAUUGGCUAAGUCGCCGGAGGACAAAAAGGCAGCAUUGCAGAGGGCGAUGGGGCUUAAGAUUGAGCAGUUGAAGGCUGAGCUGAAACAGUUGGAUGAGUGAUAAUGAGGACCCCACAGGUGUAGCAUAGAAGAGACCAAAAGAAGAUGGAUAAAGAAAAAGCAAUUGGCACAAGUAUGUUGAAGAAAUAAUAGGUUUGCAGAAGAGGACAUGGUUUGUCAUGUGGUGGGCAUGGGCUAUCUAGAUUAGUCCUUGGAACUACUCUAUGGUGGCCUUCCAAUUGUGGAGGCCCCAAAAUAUGAAUUUACCUGACUCCACCUUGAUGAUUUUGCUGUGCCAUGAUGUCUAGAAUCAGUUGACUGAAUUGAAUAAUAUCAAAAAAAGAAGAAGAAGAUAUUAAGAGAAUUAAGAUAUCAUUGAAUA